AUUCUGCACGAGUACACCGGCCCAAUCUGGACGGUCACGUUUUCGUCUGACGACAAGCACAUCGCGUCCCGGUCGAGUGAUACGACAGAGAAGGUUUGCAACUCGUACGCCAGAGGAGAACAGGCCUCGCUUAACAGGCAUGACAGCAUGCUCAACGCGGUCGAGUUUUCGCCCCACGGCAAGUUCAUCGCUUCCGCCGGAUCCGACAACACUGUACGCCAGUGGAAAGCAAGUGAUAGG